UAUCUUGGUGUUAUGGAAAAUGCAGUUCAACUCUAUCAUAAAGACAAAUCCGACUUCGACACAACAGCGUUCGUUAUGACAUUGAACAAGGAUCCCAAAAAACAGAUUUUGGAUGAAAAGGAAGAAGAAGGCAUGGGCGUGGCGGCGAUUCAAUAUGGAGAAACGGACGCUUUUAUUCAACAUGUCAAAACGCAAUUAUGGCUUUCAUAUCAGACAUCUGAAGUGACGAAGAAAGGUUUGGGAAAGGUUGAAGAAAAGAAAGCUGUUGCGUUGAAGGAUGGUCAUAUGGACGAUUGUUUUGUGUUUUUUAUGGCGCUCGAAGAGGAGUCGAAAUCGGCGAGAGUGAUUCGAAAAUGCUCAUCAGUAUUGAAUCGUUUCUUGAAAGGCAUCGGUGCAUUGCAACGUGAAGGUAAUCGUGCCAAUGACUGGACCAGGGUUGAUUUGAGAGAGGUGCUUAAACUAAUGGAGGAUCUCAUCGACUAUUUUGCGCAACCGAAUGAAGCUGAUGAAUUCGAAGUGAAACAAAAUCGCCUUCGAGCGCUACGCAGUCGGCAGGACUUGUUCCAAGAGGAGGGUGUUCUGAAUAUGAUUCUUGAUACAAUCGAUAAAUUCUCGCAGAUGGAGGCCCUACCGGAUUUCGCUGGUCUCAUUGGUGAAGAUACGCAGAUGAUCUGGGAAGAGAUUUCCACCUAUCUAUAUUUAUUAGUGGCAGCAAUGAUCAAAGGAAAUCACUAUAAUUGCGCGCAAUUCGCGUCAGCACAGCGACUUGACUGGCUUUUCGGACGACUCUCAAAUCCACAAUCAGCUGAGGGUAUCCUCGAUGUACUCUACUGUGUUCUCACAGAAUCUCCGGAAGCGUUGAAUAUGAUCAAUGAAGGUCAUAUUAAGUCAGUGAUAUCUCUUCUGGAGAAAGUCGGUCGAGAUCCAAAGGUAUUGGAUGUGUUGUCAUCACUGUGCGAAGGAAACGGGAUGGCUGUUCGAAGCAGUCAGAAUACAAUCACUCAACAUUUGUUACCUGGAAAAGAUUUGCUUCUUCAGACGAAGAUGCGAGAUCAUGUUAGCAGUAUGGUGCCAAACAUUCUUGUUGGGGUAGUGGAAGGAAGUGCACAAUUUCGACGAUGGUAUUUUGAAGCUGAGGUGGAACAUCUGGAACAGAUGACCAAUACCACACCAUACCUUCGCAUCGGUUGGGCGAAUACUGUUGGUUACAAGCCAUUUCCCGGAUCUGGUGAUGGAUGGGGCUGCAAUGGUGUCGGUGAUGAUUUCUAUUCGUACGGUUUCGAUGGCUGUUCGAUCUUUUACGCCGGGAAAGGGCGUCAGAUCGGCAACGCACCGUUGUGUAAGGGUGAUAUCGUUGGGUGUGCACUCGAUUUGACUAUCCCCGAGAUUCGAUUCACCGUGAACGGAAUGCCGACUUUCGGUUGUUUCAAAAAUUUCAACGUUGAUGGUUAUUUCUUUCCGGUGAUGUCCCUAUCCGCGAAAGUCAGGUCAAUAAUGUGUACUACUCAAGCAUUUCCUUCAUUUGCUCCAAAGCGUUUUCUUGGUCAACACUGA